GGGGCCAGCCAGCCAGCCAGAGAUAAACAACUCACGCGCGCUCGAUCGAAGGCGGAAAGAAACAAACACGCACACGCCACCUCACGCCGCCCCGCGCACACUGCGGCCGCGCCACUCGCACACGGCCACCACCUGCUAGGCUGCGAGCGGCGAGCGGCGAGAUCGGCGGCGGGCGGAGGAAUGGUGGCGCCGGCGGGAGGAGGGUCGCCGUCGCGGUGGCCGUCGGAUGAGGAGCUUGACAUUGUGCGGAAGAAUGUGGUCGAGAUUAGUGGAAGAGAUGCGAGAGAGGUUAGGGUGGUUGCUUGCCCCUACAGGAUUUGUCCUUUGGGGGCCCACAUUGAUCAUCAGGGCGGAAUAGUGACUGCUAUGACAAUCAAUUAUGGAGUACUUCUUGGCUUUGUGCCCUCUGAUGAUGCUGAGGUUGUACUCCAGUCUGGUCAAUUUAAAGGCAUUACUCGAUUCAGAGUUGAUGACUUGCAAAAGCCUAUUGAGAACCGAGGAAACAUAACUUGGGAAAGCUAUGCAAGAGGUGCAGUUUAUGCCCUGCAAAAUAGUGGAUAUGAUCUCAGAAAGGGUAUAAUAGGUUAUAUUUCUGGAGUGAAUGGACUUGACAGUUCAGGGCUUAGUUCGUCUGCAGCUGUUGGCAUCGCCUAUUUGCUGGCUUUAGAAAAUGUAAAUGAUCUGGUUUUAUCACCAGUUGAUAACAUUCAGUUGGACAAGUCCAUUGAAAAUAGAUAUUUGGGUCUUGAAAAUGGCAUUCUAGAUCCAUCAGCCAUUUUAUUGUCUCGAUAUGGCUACCUCACCUUCAUGGAUUGCAAGACUGCCUCACCUUCCUACGUCUACUUCUCGGAACUAAGUAAAAGCCAGCAACCUCAAGGUCGGCCGCCAUUCAAGAUUUUGUUGGCAUUUUCAGGUUUGCAACAUAACCUACCCAAGUCGCGUGGGUAUAAUAUGCGAGUCUUCGAGUGCAAAGAGGCUGCACGUGCUCUUUUAUGUGCGUCAGGCUCUGAAGAUGCACCAAUACUCCGUAAAGUUGAUCCAGGUGUAUAUGAGGCCCAAAAGUGUAUAUUAGAUGAAAAUCUUGCCAAGAGAGCUGAGCACUAUUUCUCUGAAAUGAAGCGAGUUGUUAAGGGAAGAGAGGCAUGGGCUCGUGGAGACCUACAAGAAUUGGGACAGCUGAUCUCUGCAUCUGGCCGCAGCUCCAUAGUCAACUACGAAUGCGGGAGCAAAGAGAUGAUACAGCUGUACGAGAUCCUCCUGAAGGCGCCAGGGGUCCUCGGCGCGCGGUUCAGCGGCGCUGGCUUCAGAGGCUGCUGCCUCGCCAUCGUCGAAAGCGACCGUGCCGAGGAGGCGGCGGCGUACGUUGGCGCCGAGUACGAGAGGUCCCAGCCAGAGCUGGUGAGCAAGAUCCCCGCGGAUCGUCGCGUGCUGGUCUGCGAGCCCGGGGACUCCGCGCAGGUCAUCUUGCAGUCAUGAGCGUCCUGUUAGUCGGGACUUUGUGAAGGUGAGAAGGCCGACACGUGCAAAAUUCGUACGUCCUCGUCCAUCUGGAACUCCACCCCCUAAAUUCUACUCCCUCCGUCCCAUAAUAUAGGACGUUUUUUGACACUAGUGUAGCGUCAAAAAACAUCUUACAUUAUGGAAUGAAGGGAGUAGACAUUUAGUCCAAGAUAAGACUAGCGUUGUUGUGUAUGAACUGUACUCAGUCGAGCUCCCAGAUAGCUCAUCUGUGUAUGUGUGGAACCAUUUGAUUCAUUCAUUUCCACGUAAGCAAUAAUCAGUAAUGCAAAGGUUCUUCUCAAA